UCAAGCAAACUAAAGGAACAAAUGCCAGCAUGACUAGGAUCUGAGCAAGCAUCUCCUUACUCCUACUGAGGCUUAGCAGCUGCAGAGGAAGGGUGCCACAGACAGCUGAGGUAUUUUGAGAUACCAUGGAUCUCCCCACUGAUUUGGUGCCAUCCUCCAUGAUGUCACAACCAGAGGUGAUUGAGUCCACAGCCRUGAGUGAACCACAGUGCUACUACAAUGAAACCAUUGCCUUCUUUUAUAACCGGAGUGGAAAAUAUCUAGCCACUGAAUGGAACACUGUCAGCAAGCUUGUAAUGGGCCUGGGGAUUACCGUCUGCAUCUUCAUAAUGCUGGCCAACCUCUUAGUUAUGGUGGCUAUUUAUGUCAACCGCCGUUUCCACUUUCCUAUUUAUUACUUAAUGGCCAACUUAGCUGCCGCGGAUUUUUUUGCAGGCCUAGCCUACUUUUACUUAAUGUUUAACACAGGACCCAAUACYAGAAGACUGACUGUAAGCACCUGGCUUCUCCGUCAGGGCCUCAUUGACACUAGCCUGACAGCCUCUGUAGCCAACUUGUUGGCCAUUGCUAUUGAGCGGCACAUUACCGUCUUCCGCAUGCAGCUACAUACUCGGAUGAGCAACCGUCGAGUCGUGGUUGUAAUCGUUGUUAUCUGGACAAUGGCCAUUGUAAUGGGUGCCAUUCCAAGUGUCGGCUGGAAUUGCAUUUGUGAUAUCACUCAUUGCUCCAACAUGGCACCGCUCUAUAGUGACUCCUACCUGGUCUUCUGGGCUAUUUUCAACCUGGUCACUUUUGUGGUCAUGGUGGUUCUGUAUGCUCAUAUCUUUGGGUAUGUCCGCCAGAGGACUAUGAGAAUGUCCAGACACAGUUCUGGACCCCGCAGGAAUCGGGACACCAUGAUGAGCCUCCUGAAGACUGUGGUCAUUGUACUUGGUGCUUUUAUAAUCUGCUGGACCCCGGGGUUAGUGCUGCUGCUCCUCGAUGUCUGCUGCCCGCAGUGCAACGUCCUUGCCUACGAGAAGUUCUUCCUGCUCCUGGCUGAGUUCAAUUCCGCCAUGAACCCCAUCAUCUACUCCUACCGUGACAAAGAGAUGAGCGCCACCUUCAAGCAGAUCCUGUGCUGCCAGCGCAGCGAGAGCGCCAACGGCCCCGCCGAGGGCUCCGACCGCUCCGCAUCCUCGCUCAACCACACCAUCCUGGCCGGCGUGCACAGCAACGACCACUCCGUGGUGUAAGGCCCGCGCCGGCCCAUCCCCACCGCCGACGGACGGACGGAUGGACGGGCGCCGCGGGGAUGGGAGCCGGGCACGAGGGAAGGGAGCACACACACACACACACACACACCCACACCCACACACACACCAGGUUUUUCUUAGACACUAAUGGACUGCAGCGCUUUUGUUUCUUCCCAGGAAGGCCUCCCUUGGCAGAGGGCCUCCCUCCCCGCAGGACUCACCUCGUGUGCUGGACGGGCCGCGUGCUAACGCGCUGUGGUUUCUGCUUCCAGACGGUGGAAAGCAGAUGCCUGGCAAGGGAGCCCGCUCGUGGGGAGCCCCGGGAAGGCCUGGUUUAGACGGCGCUGACUAGGCUUCGCCCGACCCUGCUACGUCCUGGUGCCCGUCGGAACCCGCUCUGAUUAAUUAAGCUUAUACCUGCUUCACUGCAUUUACAUGUAGCCACUUAGUCUUUUUUUUUUUCUUGGAAAAAAAAAAAAAAGGGAAAAACAAGAAAGGGGAUAAAAGUAAGCUUUUCAUUUAAUAGAUAUGUAAUAUUUAUCACCAUCAGCAUGCUCAUGGUGAAUGUUUUCUGUGCAGGGAGUAAAACUGUGCUCUAGUCUUCAUAUUCUUAGCCACACUGCCGUAACUGCCGUAAAAAAAAAAAAUAUUUUUUUUCUAAUACGAGCAACAGGAAAGUGAUGGAAAUUCUGACCCACUUCUUACCCUCAUUACUGGUCUUAGAGAGCAUGCAUGUUCUGUGUGUAUGCAGAAUGUUUUAAUUAUAUAUAUAAAAAAGCUCAUUGUAGAGUCAGCAGGAAAGUAGAAAAACAUAGACUGUAUUCCAGUGUUUGUUUAGAUUAUGAAAUAAACAAUACUUUAGUCACAAGAUAUUUAACGUUCUUCUUUGAAGUGUGGUAUGAAAUAUGUAAUGUGUAAGGGGUCCCAGGUUUUUCUUGGACAAGUUCUUAAAGUAAGAUACAUCUCUAAAGCUCUUAAAGGGCUACAGUCAUGUUGGUAAGUUAAAAAAAAAAUGUAUUUAUGGUGUUGGAAUGCUAUUCUUUUUCAUAAUGGAGUGCAAGGGGAUUUUUAUUCAUGAUGGAGUGCAAGGGGAUUUUUUAGGUGAAAAAUGUUUACUUUUUUAUGGAACUUUUUUGUAAAAAACCCAACUUCUAUGGAUUUUUGCACUGAGAGGUAUUGUAGGGUAUCUUUUAAAUUAUUUACCCUUCACAUCAAAGCAAUGGAUGACUUCUUGGAACCAAGGUACAAUUUUAUUUUGUAGUAUCAAGACCAAAUAUAUAAUAGUCCAUUGCCAAUGACCGAACAAGUCUAGGUGUAAUGCACACACAUACACAUCAUAAUGGCAAGUUAUGCUAACAUAUGGAUUUUUUCAUAUGUGGCUACUUGGAAGAGAAAUGCCACUCAUAUGAAUCUCAACUCCCAAGAACCAGUGAUGUUAACUACAAUUCCUUGAUAGGAAUAAAUGUGAGCAAAGAUGGAAUCUUGCAAAUAAAGAAC